AUGAUGUAUGUGCCCCCAUCUCCUCAACCAGAAAAAGAAAAUAAUCUGGACAUAAAUGUAGAUUUUCCUGCACUUAGUUCAAACCCGGAGCCUGCUACAGUCAUGAAUCAACCACAAAGCUAUUCAGAAGUAGUAAAGUCCGCUAAGAAGAUAAAUAGUGUCGAAAAUAAAAAUAAAAGAACAAAAUGUAAAAAGAAAAAUAUUUCAAAAAAAAAAAAUAGUCAAUCACGAAACACAAUGGAUUGGGAUAUAUCAUCGGAUUCGGAAGUAAAUAUUGAGGUGGCAUCAAAUUAUUCAAAGGAAGAACAAAAAAAUAAUAGCGACCAUAUAUCAUUUAAACAACUUUUAGAAAAUUUGAAAAACAUUAUAUUUAUACGUAGAAUAUCUCUGAAGGAGAAAAUUACAGAAGCUUUAGCAAUUAUAUGGGAGUGGCUGAUUUCUUUAUGUAAGACCAAAGUUUUAGAGUUACCAAUAUUCAAAAAUAUAUUUGAAUCUGUAGAUGGA